AUGGCGGCCGGCCGCACCAGGGCUGUCCUUGCCGCCCUGGGGGUGCUUAGUGUCAGUGCGGCUAACGGCUUUGGUCCCAUGGCGGAGGUGGAGGCCGGCGGGGAGGCGGAGUGGGGGGAGCCGUGGGACGGCGCGGUUUUCCGGCCGCCCUCGGCGCUGGGCGCGGUAGGGGUGGCGCGCAGUCCCGGUAGUCCGCGGCCAGAGAGGGAGGAGGUGGUGGACUUGCCGGUGCUGCUGUGGUGGAGCCCGGGGCUGUUUCCCCACUUCCCGGGAGACUCCGAGCGCAUCGAGUGCGCGCGCGGCGCGUGUCUGGCGUCCCGGGACCGACGGGUCCACUGGGACUCGCGGACGCGCGCGCUGCUCUUCUACGGCACCGACUUUCGCGCGUCGGAUGCGCCGCUGCCGCGCUUGGCGCACCAGAGCUGGGCGCUCCUGCACGAAGAGUCGCCCCUCAACAACUUCUUGCUGAGCCACGCGCCGGGCAUCCGCCUCUUCAAUCUUACCGCUACCUUCAGCCGCCACUCGGACUACCCGCUGUCGCUGCAGUGGCUGCCUGGGGCCGCCUACCUGCGCCGCGCGGCGCCUGCCCUCCGGGAGCGCACGGAGUGGCGCCGCCGCGGCUACGCGCCGCUGCUCUAUCUGCAGUCCCACUGCGACGUGCCCGCCGACCGGGACCGCUACGUGCGCGAGCUCAUGCGCUACAUCCCGGUGGACUCAUAUGGGAAAUGCCUGCAAAAUCGGGAGCUGCCCACCGCACGGUUACAGGACACCGCCACAGCCACCACUGAGGAUCCAGAGCUCUUGGCCUUCUUGUCCCGCUAUAAGUUCCACUUGGCUCUCGAAAAUGCCAUCUGUGACGACUACAUGACAGAAAAACUGUGGCGCCCGAUGCAUCUGGGUGCUGUGCCCGUGUACCGCGGCUCUCCCUCUGUGAGGGAUUGGAUGCCCAACAAUCAUUCCAUCAUCCUGAUUAAUGACUUUGAGUCACCUCAGAAACUGGCUGAGUUUAUUGACUUUCUGGAUAAGAAUGAUGAGGAAUAUAUGAAAUACCUGGCUUACAAACAACCUGGGGGCAUCACCAACCAGUUCCUUCUGGAUAGCCUGAAGCAUCGGGAGUGGGGAGUGAAUGAUCCUUUACUGCCUAACUACCUCAACGGCUUCGAGUGUUUCGUCUGUGACCAUGAACUAGCUCGCCUGGAUGCUGAGAAAGCCCACACAGCCUCUCCUGGGGACAUCCCUGUCCCUGAGCCUCACAUUGCCCAGCCCUCGCACAUGGACUGCCCAGUGCCCACACCUGGCUUUGGCAAUGUGGAAGAGAUUCCUGAGAACGACAGCUGGAAGGAGAUGUGGCUGCAAGAUUAUUGGCAAGGUCUGGACCAGGGCGAAGCUCUCACUGCCAUGAUCCACAACAAUGAAACACAGCAGAAAAAAUUUUGGAAUUACCUACAUGAGAUCUUCAUGAAAAGGAACCAAAACCUCUAGUUACCCUUGUGAGAACCUUUAAACUUGGUAGAACUAAGGAGAUGGGAAGUCCUUAUUCUACCAUGGGACAUAAGGGGCAUCUGCUGCACAGACUUGUAAUGAACGGUCUUAUCAAGGAUUCAAGAAAUUCCAGUUAUAGCCACUGAUAUUUUAUUCUAAUAUGUGUAGCCAAGGUCUCAGCCGGUGGUAACAGGGCCUUCCUUGAAGGGGAGGUGGAGGCAUUCAGUUCUUGGUUCUGAGGGAAACAGAAGCCUGAAACAUCCAAUUGCUUCAUGGUGAUGGUUCAAGAAAAAUUGAACGCAAGAAUUUUUCAAGGACUGCUCAUUUCUUUAUCCAUUUCAUCCUCUCACUUGUGACUGAAACAUCACCUUAGUACCUAACUACCAAUGAGGUAAGAUGAGUCAGGUUUGGGGUGUUAAAACUCUUAUUCUAUUCCCCAAAACCUCUCAUUAUGCAGUAUCUUCCCUAAUAAUCUCCCUUCCCCAUCUCUUGCUUUAUAAACUGUUAGGUAGGUGGUGAAGCAAAACUUCUGGUAAGUUGUAUUCUGGGUCUCUGAAGUUGUAUUUUUUAUAUCAUUUAUUUUGUCUUUCAUGUCAGACUUUUAAUUUUACAUGUUUCUUCCUUCCUUUUCCACAAUUUCUGGUGAAGAUGCUGUAACCUUGCCACUAUUCUCGCAUUCAUUCUUCCCUCCAUUAAGUUGGCCAUGGUUUUGACAGCUUUUCUUACUCCUGGUUUGCUUCUUAUCCAGGACAUAUUUGGAAUUCCUUCUCUACUGAAACAUAAGUACUCAGUGGCUAAUAUAUGCCAUGUCAAUUUAAUUAUUUUCCCUGAUAUAUUUUAGGUUAGAGAUGGAGACUAAGGCUGGAAUUGAUGGGAAACAAAGUUAAAAUUUAUUGAAAUGUUAAAAUAGGCCAAUAUAAAUCAAAGUCCAACUUUUUUAUAGCCUUUGUUCUUCACUGUCUGCCUAAUGAACUCUUCCCUUUUUAAAAAUUUUUAUAAGCUACAGUCCCAUUUUCCCAAAAGAGUAAUGGAAAUUAUGGUAGAGAAAGCUGCAGAAACACAGCUCUAGUAAUCAUCUCUAGCAUUUUUCACUUUAAGUGGGAUGACUAUUCCAGCUUUGUUCACUCUACUACUGAUAUCUGAACAACUUUUUUGGUAAUCACUGAGACUACAUUAUGGUGGAGCCUACUCAAAGCCCUAAACUGAAGCUGUUUAGAAGGCAAGAGAUUUAUGCCACCACAAGUGGCUGGCUAAAUAAAAAGCUUUGUCAAGCAGAUUUGGGGAUGCAGCCAAACCCUUCUAUUGCUGUGGUUUGAACAGACAGCCUAACUUCCUCUAGACAGUAAGACCAUUAGCUUUUUCUGGGGCAGUGGAACAAGAAGGAAUACCUUGGGCCUUAGAGCUUACUCAGGUGAUAAUGCCAUAUUUAUAUCACUAGGGACGUUCCAUAGCUUAUCAAUAUAGUUGGCUGCAAAUUAGUAUACAUAGAUUUUAGAUGCUUCAACAGGUAGCAUCCAUACUUAAUAUGGUGACUUCCAAGGAUUUGGCCACCAAGGAAAGCUGUAAUUUAGGCUGGAUUUCACUGCCAGGGCUGGUUUUUUUUUUUUUUUUUUUUUUUUUUCAUUUUAUUCUUUAAUAUAAUAUGCCCUUCAUAAUACUGUGGAAAGUUUGCUUUAUCUGUUUGGGCUUUUGCAUAAAAGAACAAGAGGGAAGAAUACUUUGAAAAAUAUAUGUUAAAAUUUUGAUAUUGUAGUUGGUGCCCACAAAAGAAGUCAAAUGCAAACUGAUUUCUAGGCUUUCAAUCUUUUUUAAAUGCAGACGCUAAUUUAAAGUGAAAAAUACCUACUACGCAAGAGUAAACCUAAGUUAGGGCUCAAAUUUUAUUAUGUGCAAUAAAAAGUGUAAGUGAUGGUUAUGCAUGGUGUAACCAGCCUUACUUCUGUCUAAUUAUAGCAUCUCACAUUAGCAUUUCUUUUGCACUUUAUAUGUACAAAGUAGGCUGGCUGUUUGUAAAUGAUUAUGGCUGAAGACUCAGGCCUGCCCUGUGGUCAGUACUUCCCAGUAUUCCUAUCACCACAUGAAUACUCACAAAAGAGCAGGGUAAACCAGGUGCUACACUUCCCACAAGGUUAGGUGGAACAGGAAUAGCCACAUGAUACUUACCAACUAAAGGCUUCACUUUCCCUACAAACAAAACAGGCAAUAUAAAUUUUCUCUGUUCACAACAGCAGGCUCACUCACUACAAGGUUGGGGUUAUUGGUGGUACAAGUGUCCACUUGGACUUGGUUUUAUUUAUGCUAUUGAAGGGGUGGUGGUGAAUGGGACUGAUGCCUUUAUUACUACAAGUGUUGCUAUUUUCUAUUAUCUUAGGUUUCAUUUUGUAUAAUAAAUUGCUUUUUUUAA